AGGGCUGCCUGGUGUGGACCCUGCCUGAGCUGAAUCUCAGGGAAAGAACAGGAGAGAGGCCUUGCUAGAGGGCAGUGGGAGACUGCAUCUGUGCUACAGAGAAAAUAUACAAAGGCCACGGGUUGAGGAACAUGCAGGCGUCACCUGAUGGAGCUGCAAAGGUCUACGGGAGACAGGAAAAGGAAACAGAAUACAGAGCCCCCGUCAACUCAAGUGCUCCAGUAGGAUAUGAGGAGAUACCGUUUUCAGGCCUCAGCCUCUGGCCUCACCAAUGGGCUGGCAAAAGGAAAAUCUUAAGUCGAAAGUCCAUCCAGUAGAGGUUGCAGAGCCGGGACUCCUGCAUCCCCUGCGCAGUAUCGGGACAUAUGGCCAGAGCUGGUGGGAACUGUGGGGUUUGGAGGAGCUUGGUGCUAUUGGGUUUGUAUGGUUGUUCUGUGGUCAGGGCAGCUGGUACCAGUGUCACAGUGGACAGGCAUGCUCCUGCUUCUUCAUACGAGUUUUCCAUGUGGGUAGAGAAAGAUGGCGUCAGCAGCUCCCCACAGAUUCCUGUAACCACCGCAGCCCCAAACCCAGUGAGAAACCUGAGGGUCGAAGGUCAAAACAACAUCUCCAUCAGCCUGAGCUGGGAGCCUCCUGAUCAGUCCUCCCUGCAGGGCCUCACCUACUGGACCCAGUGCAGUAGACAUGGUGGCCAAACUGAGACCCGGAACACAACAGACACCAGUGUCACCGUGGAUGGCCUUGAUCCUGGGUCUUCAUAUGAAUGUUCUGUGUGGGUGGAAAAGGAUGGACUCUAUAGCAAAAAUGAGACUCUCAAUACCAGCACAGCUCCAAACCCAGUGAGAAACCUGAGGGUCGAAGGUCAAAACAACAUCUCCAUCAGCCUGAGCUGGGAGCCUCCUGAUCAGUCCUCCCUGCAGGGCCUCACCUACUGGGCCCAGUGCAGUAGACAUGGUGGCCAAACUGAGACCCGGAACACAACAGACACCAGUGUCACUGUGGAUGGACUUGAUCCUGGGUCUUCAUAUGAAUGUUCUGUGUGGGUGGAAAAGGAUGGAGUCUAUAGCACCAAUGAGACUCUCAGUAACACCACAGCCCCAAACCCAGUGAGAAACCUGAGGGUCGAAGGUCAAAACAACAUCUCCAUCAGCCUGAGCUGGGAGCCUCCUGAUCAGCCCUCCCUGCAGGGCCUCACCUACUGGGCCCAGUGCAGUAGACAUGGUGGCCAAACUGAGACCCGGAACACAACAGACACCAGUAUUACCGUGGAUGGACUUGAUCCUGGGUCUUCAUAUGAAUGUUCUGUGUGGGUGGAAAAGGAUGGAGUCUAUAGCACCAAUGAGACUCUCAGUAACACCACAGCUCCAAACCCAGUGAGAAACCUGAGGGUCGAAGGUCAAAACAACAUCUCCAUCAGCCUGAGCUGGGAGCCUCCUGAUCAGCCCUCCCUGCAGGGCCUCACCUACUGGGCCCAGUGCAGUAGACAUGGUGGCCAAACUGAGACCCGGAACACAGCAGACACCAGUGUCACCGUGGAUGGACUUGAUCCUGGGUCUUCAUAUGAAUGUUCUGUGUGGGUGGAAAAGGAUGGAGUCUAUAGCACCAAUGAGACUCUCAAUACCAGCACAGUCCCCAUUUCAGCCCCAAACCCAGUGAGAAACCUGAGGGUCGAAGGUCAAAACAACAUCUCCAUCAGCCUGAGCUGGGAGCCUCCUGAUCAGCCCUCCCUGCAGGGCCUCACCUACUGGGCCCAGUGCAGUAGACAUGGUGGCCAAACUGAGACCCGGAACACAACAGACACCAGUAUUACCGUGGAUGGACUUGAUCCUGGGUCUUCAUAUGAAUGUUCUGUGUGGGUGGAAAAGGAUGGAGUCUAUAGCACCAAUGAGACUCUCAGUAACACCACAGCCCCAAACCCAGUGAGAAACCUGAGGGUCAAAAGUCAGAACAACUUCUCCAUCAGCCUGAGCUGGGAGCCUCCUGAUCAGCCCUCCCUGCAGGGCCUCAUCUACUGGGCCCAGUGCAGUAGACAUGGUGGCCAAACUGAGACCCGGAACACAACAGACACCAGUGUCACCGUGGAUGGACUUGAUCCUGGGUUUUUAUAUAAAUGUUCUGUGUGGGUGGAAAAGGAUGGAGUCUAUAGCACCAAUGAGACUCUCAAUACCAGCACAGUCCCCAUUUCAGCCUCAAACCCAGUGAGAAACCUGAGGGUCGAAGGUCAGAACAACUUCUCCAUCAGCCUGAGCUGGGAGCCUCCUGAUCAGUCCUCCCUGCAGGGCCUCACCUACUGGGCCCAGUGCAGUAGACAUGGUGGCCAAACUGAGACCCGGAACACAGCAGACACCAGUGUCACCGUGGAUGGCCUUGAUCCUGGGUCUUCAUAUGAAUGUUCUGUGUGGGUGGAAAAGGAUGGAGUCUAUAGCACCAAUGAGACUCUCAAUACCAGCACAGUACCAGCUGCUGUCAACAUCACCUCCUGCAUCAGCACUUCUGGGGGAUAUGGGGUCCUCCUGACCUGGUCCUGCCCAUCUGGGGGUUAUGAGAGCUUUGAGGUAAAAGUGGGUAGGAAAUGGCGCUCUGAAAAUGGAUCUUUGUGUGGGAAGGGCGUGACCGUGUCAGAUCUUGAGCCAGCUCAGUCCUACACAGCCACCGUCACGACUGUCUUCAAGGACCUGAAGGCCCAGUCUCUCUCUACAACUUGCCACACAGAGAGUGCAGCCAUCAUUGCUGGAGCCAUUGUGGGCAUCCUCCUGCUUUUCAUCCUGGUGGGUCUGCUGAUUGUCUUCCUGAAGAGGAGGAGAAAGAAGAGACAGCCCAAGGAAGUGCCCAAGGAUCUGGUGUGCAGCUGCCCAGGGGAUAUCCUGGCCAAAGACUUUGCUGACCAUGUCAGGGAGAAUGAGAAGGACAGCAACUGUGGAUUUGCUGAGGAGUAUCAGCAACUGGCUCUGGAGGGCCAAGGCCAGUCUCAAAUAACGGCAUCGGCUCUAGAGAACAGAUCCAAGAACCGCUACAGGAAUGUACUGCCCUAUGACUGGUCCCGGGUUCCCCUGCAGCCCCUCCAAGAGGAACCAGGCUCUGACUAUAUCAACGCCAGCUUUAUGCCUGGUCUCUGGAGCCCCAAGGAGUUCAUUGCAACCCAGGGUCCCCUGCCUAACACUGUGGGUGAUUUUUGGAGAAUGGUCUGGGAACAGCAGAGCCACACCCUGGUUAUGCUGACCAACUGCAUGGAGUCUGGACGGGUGAAGUGUGAGCACUACUGGCCCUUGGAUGCUCAGCCUUGCAUUCAUGGGCAGCUGCAGGUAAUGUUGAUUAGUGAGGAGGCGUCAGAAAACUGGACAGUGAGGCAUCUUCAACUCUUCCAUAUGAAAGAACAGCAGACUCUCUCGUUGCGCCAAUUCCACUACCUGGCCUGGCCAGACCAUGGAGUUCCUUACUCCCCAGACCCCCUGCUGGCUUUCCGAAAGAUGCUUCGGCAAUGGAUGGAUCAGACCACGGAUGGAGGUCCACCCAUUGUGCAUUGCAGUGCUGGUGUGGGCCGGACGGGCACCCUAAUUGCACUGGAUGUCCUGCUGCGGCAGCUGGAGUGUGAGGGGCUGGUGGGUCCCUUCAGCUUUGUGAAGAAGAUGAGAGAGAGCCGGCCACUGAUGGUGCAGACAGAGGCCCAGUAUGUGUUCCUCCACCAGUGCAUCUUGAAAUCCCUCCAGAAGCCAGCUCCAGCCCUUGUCCCAGAGGAGGCAAUGUAUGAGAACGUGGCAAGCUUAGUUUAUGAGAAUGCAUCUGCUAUCAUGGCCCAUGAGUCUGAGUUCUCAGCUUCUGGGUGCUGAACCCAGACACAGAAAUACCCAGGCCAGAUCUGGACCUGUGCUGAAGCCCAGAUAUGUGGACCUUCAAGACAACAGGAUUGAAGUCCCAGCCUCCCCAACCCCAUGGGAGGAGGUCACUGGAAACGCAUCUCCUGUGGUCCAAGUGCAGGAAGGGCUGGUAUACUUCAACUGUGAGCCCUGUGAGUGGUGGAGCUUGAGGACAGGGUGGCUGACAGGUAGGGGUGACGGGGUGACUGACAGGUAGGGGUGACGGGGUGACUGACAGGUAGGGGUGAUGGGGUGACUGACAGGUAGGGGUGACGGGGUGACUGACAGGUAGGGGUGACGGGGUGACUGACAGGUAGGGGUGACGGGGUGACUGACAGGUAGGGGUGAUGGGGUGACUGACAGGUAGGGGUGACGGGGUGACUGACAGGUAGGGGUGACGGGGUGACUGACAGGUAGGGGUGACUGACAGCUAGGUUUUCUCUUCUUUGAGUGGAGAUAGCUACCGCCUGGGUGUGCAGGCUCUCAAAAAAACAGGCUGGAACCUGGAUUCGAAAGAAGGAAUCAGGGUCUGGAAUUGUACUACCUGAGCAGCAAAGGCAGGCAGGUACUUGUCCCCUUUUUACCUCAGAAACCGAAUCAGUCUCCUUUACUCCGAGGCUGAAGGGAGUCCCCUGUGCUUGUGGUCUCCCUGGGCCCCGUGGCUGUACAUUCUUUCCUUCUAUAUAAUUUAUUAAACUGUCCUCCCGAAGGUG